GCUUUCUGUGGCAACCUCCCUUUCGGCGUGGGGUCAGCAGAAGUGUAUUUCACCUUCAGCGAGUGGGGGAACCCCUCUCUUCAUGGGUCCGGCCCACCAGCCUAGGGCACUGUGGAUUUUGGUUUUGAAGCAUUCCCAGAGUCACCGAGGAGAGAGGCAAAACCGUCAUUCUACCGUGUGAUACCCAGCACCCAUCAGCAAACUUCAGAAGACAAAGAGGGAUAUCAGAUGGCUUCAAGGAGUGACGGGGGAAUGGUUUGAAGAGAUUCAAAGGAAAAAGUUUUGCAACGAAACAGACGUUAGCCAAAUGUUAAAACAACCACUUACAUACAGGCUAAGGAAGGAGAUGGCAAAAAAUGAUCCAAUAGAAUUACAAACGUCAAGAUCUAAAAAUUUAGCUGGUCAAAAACAACCAACAUCUGUUCUUUCCCGGCUGAGCUUCAGAUCGUCAUUUGCUUCCCUGUUCUCAUUCAGAAAAUCUGCAAAGGAGACUUUCAAGCUUCAGCCGCUGGGACGGAAAGGAUGUGACGGCCAUACAGGACAUCCUGUGUCUGUGAGGGAAACGACAGUGGCAAAAAGAUACAGUUCACCUCUGGAAGAUCAACUCGUUGAUAGUACGUUUGUCCACAAGCCGGCAGUCAUGAGGGGAGAGAGUGGCAUGCCUCCUCCACCAGAUGGUUUGCUUCUGGAGAAUGAGUUUUUCCAGGUUUUAGAUGAUUUGGAUAGCACACUGGCUCAAGAACAAUCUGCAAGCUCGGUGAAUUCCAGAUCAGCCCUCAACUAUGGAUCAAGAACACAGUUCAGUUCUUUUUACUCCAGUGGGAACAGACACAGUAAUAUCACAGGAAGGCACAAAUAUCGCUAUAAUGAAACUUCCAAUAUGUCUAUCUAUGACAUCCUAAGACCAGGAACUCCUAGAGAAGGUUUUAAAACCUUUUCUCCUAGGACAAGGACAAUUUAUGAUAUGUACAGGAGAAGGGAGCCUGGGGUCUUAAAAGAAGAUUAUGUGCAAAAGAAUACUUUUGGUAGUACGUCUCUAUGUUUUGACAGCAGGCAACAAUCAGCUUCCCCAGCCACAGGACAUUUCACAGCAAGAAGCUUACAUUUUCCAGCCACAACUCAGAGCAAGUGUGGGUUUGUACCACCGAGAUAUCAACAAAGUCCAAAGAGAACACCUUUAUCAUCCAUCAUAUGGAAUAGAUCAGAUUCUUCCAGAGAUAGACUAAACCAGGAAGCGUUCCUGAGGGCACCAGCACCAAUGGAAAUUGACCCUGCUGACCAGUAUGUGUAUCCCAGAUGUUUUCAGGAAAAUAGGAGCUAUGAAUCGUACCAAUCACAGAAUGUUUACCAAAGCGUUAGUUUAAAUACCCCCACGGAUAAUGCAAUGAGUCCUAACUCAUUUGAGAACUCGGAGAAUAUGCCAUUCUACCAUCAAGACAACCCAUUUGCUAGAUCUUUCUUCAGCAAUACCUUUGGGCGAAGCAGAGAACAGAGGUUUGGACAAAGUUCUUUUUGGGGUAAACAGGAAGUACAUUCUUCCUGGUCUGACCUUCAUCAAAGCAGGAGAGACUUUGAAAUGAUUUCUGUUGAAGCAAAUAGUGCAUCAGCUGUUUAUGGCAAUAAUGUUCCUUCUGAACACUGGGAAUCCUUUUCCCCUGGUUAUAAGACAGUUGUUUCCAGACACCAAGAAGAGCCACGUCCCUGGCAGUUUGAUGUUCAGACAUCCACACGGGAGAGCAUGGAGAUAUCACAAAGCGAUGGAAACCAGUCAACUUCUCAUUUCAGCACACCAAACGUUUGCACCGUGCCUGGUUCAAGCUAUCACAUUAGAUCUGGUGGGUUGGAAGGUCAACAGGACAGUUCUCCUAUAGAAGUAUAUGUAAACAGAGAACCUUCCUCAUUUGGAAUUGCAUCCUCAGUCAACACUUCCUUCCCCCAGAUUCCUGAGGACCAAAGGGAUCCUCAGAGUCCCAGCCUUCGGAAUCCCUCAGUCACUUUGCAGAAAAUUAUUCCCAAUAAAACUGUCUCUCAUCCAAGGAGAAGCCAUAUGGAAGUCACUAUGACCAACAGCAAUUCACUUGAUUCUCUCCCUCUUGCUGAAAGCCAACCCAGUAUCUUGGUCACAGAAGUGAAUAAUGAGAAAGACUUAAAUGAAUCUAUUUCAGAAGAAGACAAACAGCUAAGCAAGAUGAACCAAACAGACAUGACAGGUGAACUACCCCAACCUGUUUCACAGACAGUGAUCACUCAUCCUGUACCUGGUUUUCAAAAUUCCCUCUCCCAGGACUCAGCCAAGGCCAACAGGUUUGAUUUUAAUGCAUCUAACCCAAUAAGUUCAAAAAGGCCACCCCGAGUCUUUUCCAGAAAAGAUAUCUCCAAAAUGUAUAUGUCACACAAAGAUAAAUUCAAUGAACUUAAAAAAGAUAAGAGAUUUACUGGGAACAGAAAACUUGGCUCAGCAACUUCCUUUCCUUUCAUUCAGGAAAGCAGAACACCACCAUCUUUCCCCAGGCCAAAUCAAGGUUGUCACCAGGAAUUAACAGGAAGGAAUGAAGAGGUUUCAAGCAUUGUUACAAAUAGCCACUGGAGCUCUGAACCUACAGAUUAUCAAAAUGCGCACUCUCCAAAAAAGCCUGAUAUUUUCGAUCCUGAGGAGGAACAGUGUGCCACAAUUCAGUCUACAAACUGUGGUGAAUUGCCAGCUAGUCACAAGGUCGCAUGUGACUCUUUACGUCUGUCCUCAGCUGCACUACCAGAUUCCUCAGCAUCAAAUAAUUGUUUCCUUGAUGCUCCUGUGACUCCGUCUCCUACAGUGUUCUCCAGGGGGAGUCCUUUAGACAGAGAUCCAUCUCUGGGAGAAGGAGAAGGAGAAGGAAAUGACAAUGCUGGGGAGAAUCAAAAUAACCAGCUAGCUCUGCACCCCUCAGAAAACCAAGAGAGCCAUGACAGUCACAUGUCUGUACACACUGGGGCGGUCAAUGUUGUCCAAUGCCAUCCACACUCUCCUUUCAGGAAUGGAAAAGGAAAAGGAAAAAUAAGACACUGCAUAUCCUAUAUUGGAAAGUUAAACAAAACAGAAAGUAUAGCAAUACCCACAGGUGACAGCACCGGCCUCACUGUGGCGAAUCAAAGCAAUCCCAAAGCUUCUGAGCUCGGCACAAUUUAUUGUACUUUGCCAAGAAAAUCAGCCAGUUUUCUCAUCAACAGCAGGCAAUCAGGAUGGAAGAUGGCAGCUACUUCACCGAGGAAUGGGCCACUUCCAUUCCAAAUCAAAAAUAACAUGGACGAUCCCAUGGGGAAGGACAGAUUAAAUAAAUUAAGCCCCAGCUCUUCUGAUUCAACAACUGAAUGUUCCAAAGUGAUUUUAGACUCAGUCCCACCAGCACCGGAAGCCGCAGAGAGGGUGGCAAGUAUGAAAAUCAUUGGAUCUGCUUCUGUUAGAAAAGGACCACUUCCUUUUCUCAUCAAGAGGGCAAUGUCCUGUCCUUCAGGGGAAUCACAUGCCCCAACUGCAGAAGAUGAAAGAGCAAAGUCAUUAGCCUCUGGCCUGGACACGUCUGCUAUAACACUAAGGCCUUGGGAGAGAAUCAUUAGCCCUGUGGAAAGUGACUCACCGGUUCGAGAUUGUUCUCCGACCAGAAGAAACCACCAAGAGGAAUACUCUCAAGAAUGUGCUGAAAAGGAUGAUAAAAUUGUUGCCUCCAGGACAGGUACACUUCCUGUUUCAAAGAAAGACCCUAAACCUUUUUGUUCAGACUUGUCAGGAAAAGAAAGUGGGAAAACAUUACAUAAAUUCAAGACUACCAGUAUGUUUUCCGUUUCUGGCGAUGAAGACAAUGUAAAAUGUCUUGAGGUGGUUUCAAUCUAUUACACCCUGCCAAGCAAACACAGCAAAAAAUUCCGUAACCUUCUUCAACAGUAUACACAAAAAACCGAUUCACUUACAGAAUCCCUUCAGGUAGAGACUGAAACAUUUCCUAAUGCUGUAGAAAAAGAGAAAGAAAAUUGUUCUGCCCAAGAGCAGUCAGGAACGCUCUCAUCUGAAGAUCUAAAGAAACCAGUCAUCUCUGCUCAGAAGAACAGUCAUCGUCUUUCUCUCACCACUGAAAAUAUGACUCCCUUACAAUUACCAAAUAGGGGGACCUUAGAGACUGCGUUACAGGGUAUGGCUUCUGUUGAAGCAGAUAGUUCUCUUCUCACAAAAGAAUCCAAAACCAGAGAGAUUUUCCCGGGCAAUUUAGCUAAAACACCUCUAGGUGAUUCACAAAGCAGGAAGGAAACAGGGGGGAAAUUGCAAAGUGGAAGUCUGCAUACUUUACUGACGCUUCAGGAAAAAAAUAGGACAGAAGAAAAACUUGAAAACUGCCAGCAACCCAUCAGUUCAGGUCACAGUGGUCCUUCUAGUCUCCCAGUUCAUCCAGAGGGUAAUAUUGAGAGUUCCCAAACCAGGCGAAGUGCUGGGAAGUGUGCAGGGCGUGGUGUAGCCAUUUCCUUGAAUGGAAAUGGAAAGUGCCCUCAGAAAGCUCACACAGCCAUAGCUGUAGACGAUAGCCCCAAUGGAUCACAGCCUGGGGAAGGUGGAGCGAAUGCUGGGACCAACUGCCAAAAAAUGACUCAUAAAGCACUUUCUGAUGCAGAGAGCCAGGUCUUGGCUCUUAUUCCAGCAUUGCAUAAACUCCAGCUUGUUGAGGAGACUCGGUCAGGUAAGCCAGACUUAGACAGUUUGCAGUCUGAACGUAGAGAAUUACCUCCAAAAAGACAGGAGAUAGAUAUGACAGAGAGCAGGAAGGCUCCAGAUGAAAUGCAGACAUUGACAUGGGAUCAGCCUUCACUUCUUGGAGGAAAUAAUGAAAACAAAACCAACUUGGAUGACCCAGAAAAGGGGGAAAACAGAUUCUCGGUUAAACACAGAUUGGCAGCCAUGUCUAAAGCGAGCAGAAAAUUCCCAGCUAAAGAUUUAAGCCCCAGAAGACACGUAACUACUAUCUUCCCUGAAAGCGGAAGCAGGUCUGGCUUUGAGUUAUCUCUUGGUCCACUGGAAUGCAACCCACUGUCCCCCGAGCCUGCUCUGGAAUCUGCAGAAUCCACAGGUGAAAGGUUGAGUAAUGAAGGAAUGAAUGUGAAGAAAUCUGAGAACCCUCUACAGCAGGCGACUGUACCAUCCAGCAGAGAACCUUCUAUGCACUUCAGCAAUCAGAAGUCUAACAGCAUUUCACAGCUGCAUCAGAAUGUCUCGGAAUCACCAUCAAAGCAUGAGAAUUCUGAAGAUGUAACGGUAACCCAGAAUUUGGAGAGAGAAACGGGAUCCCCUGCCCAACUCACUUGCACCAGCCUCGGGGAGGCAGGUUUCUCCGACCAUCCUAGGAGGCUGAGCUCUCCUUUUCCAUCCAAGCCUGCACAGAAAUCUACACCAAGCAUCCCACUGGCCAGGUGGCAGCAGCAACAGAGGAGUGCUUCCUUUCAGAACUGGGAACCCGAGCCACCCCUCUAUCGAUCAAAGAGUUUAAAAAGCCUUAAUGUGCAUGGUGAUCAGCAAAGAAAAAGUCUUCCUCCAAAAGCCAGGGAGCGCCAUUUUUCUGAAAGCACUUCUACUGACAAUGCCUUGAGUCAACUGGCCCUUGGGAGUGAAUUCUCUAUGAACAAUGGGUACAGCCGAAGAUUCAAAUCUUUUUCUGAACUUCCCUCCAGCGAUGAAAAUGAAAGUUGGACUUUGUACCGCGGCAGGACAAAAACAGGUCCCAGGACUGCAACCUCGAUCUCCAGACCUAUUGACUAUGGGAUUUUUGGGAAAGAACAACAGUUAGCUUUCUUGGAGAAUGUGAAGAGGUCACUCACACAAGGAAGACUGUGGAAACCAAGUUUUCUUAAGAACCCUGGCUUCCUGAAAGACGGUGUGCUGAACACUCCCAAUCCAUCAGAGCCAGCGAGCUCAAAUUCUCCUAGUAGUCAGAUGCCAGAAGACAGCUUAUCUCCAAGUGAACCACUUAAUAUCUAUGAGGAGAAUCCACUAGACUCAGACUGUGACACAGACACAACCACAGAUGAUGAAUACUACCUGGAUGAAAAAGACAAAGAGUCAGAACUGUGAGGCUUUUUCAAUAAAGUGCAUCACCUUUUCACUAAAAACUUAGGGAAAUGAAGUGUAAAUGUGUAUGUGCAUGGGAAGGACAGAUAUACGAGGGGACUCCCAAAAGAUGGAAUUUAUUUAUGAAAAAUUGUGCAUUUUUUUCUUACAUGU